UUGGGCGGUAAACCACUAAACCCUUCAUUUCAUAUAAUUGCCACAACAGAGCUAAAACCCUUGGCCGUUUCUGCUUCUGUUCGUCAGCUUCUCCGGAGCUCUUCAGCCGUCGUGCUUCGCGGCACAUUCAAUGGUGAAACGUCAUCGCGAAGAAACCGAUUCCAAUGGAGCGCCGGCAGUUGAACCUGCGACGUCGUCCAGCACGGUUUUCAUAGAUACCAACUUUGAUACUCACUUGGCUUUAAUUGUCUCCGACUCUGAUUCUGUCUUCGAUCUCAAAAAAAAGGUUGUGUUUGAACAUUUAAGGUGCUUUCCUGAGAUGAAAGAAUUGAAGAUUUCUUCAGUGAAGGUGAAACGGAGAGGACAUUACUAUCACCUGUCCGAUACUAUGCUUGUCAGAAGUGUUUUUGAGGGUAUAAAAAAUGGCUGGUUCCUUUCGGUUGAUGCUUCUAGCUGUGACCAAGGGUUACUUUGCAUCACAUAUGCGCAAACUGAGGCUGACAGUCAUUCGUUCAAUGAAAUGGCUAAAGAGAAGGGUUUUGAUACUAAUGAACCUCACAUAGCUCAUGGAAACUUGACAUCAGCCUCCAUCGUGAAACAGAAGAACGUUGCGAAGGUCAUUGGUGAAUUCAAGACUAUGGAUGAAUUGCAGCAACUUUAUCUCGGAGCUGGUCCUGUGGCUAAGAAGCGUCGCAUAAAAGGUGUAGUCACAGAUACCCACACUUCAAAGCAUGGCAUAGAUAAUGAUGAUUCUGAAUUUAAGAUUGUUGGAAAUGAUAGUAAUGAAGGAGAACGAGAGCAUAUAAACAUGAAAUCGAAAAAUGCCAGUGCUGAACCCAGUAAUAAGAUGUCAAAAUUUGGAAAGAAGAAAUGUAGGAUGGGUGGGGCGAGUGCUGAAAUCUCUAGUGUGCAGGACGCUCAAUGUGGGAAUAGGAACAAUGAUGCACUUGACGAAACAUCGCAGUGUGGGACUAUUGCGAAUAAAGUGAAAAAACCGGAUAGCUGUCAGGGUUCCACCGGGUUUAAUCAUAGGGAUGUUGCAAUUCCGGAGAACUCCACAGAACAUAGACCAAUAAUAAAGGCGGCUUUAGCAGAAGCGUUAGAGGACCAAUCUUUGAGAACUAAUACUGCCCAUCAGAAAAGGAAAAAGAAGAAGGUAAAGGACUCAUCCACGUGCCAUGAUGGAGUUGAAAUGAAGAUCUUUGACAAGUUGACUGAUGUUGACACUACUAUUCAAUCUGGACUGAAAGAAACGGUAUGAGAAUGAUCAAAGGUGCCCUAAAAAUUAUAGGUGAAGCAAUAUGUUUUGUUGUUACAGGAGACGACAUGUCACUUUUGCUGGAGUUUCUUGUCCAUACAAAAUAGUGAAAUAUUGGCCUAGUUGAGAAACUAGAAACUGGUUGGAAAAAAAAUCAGUUUCAUGAAUCUGAUUCAAAAUAUCAAAAUCAUUUUGUAUGUAGUAACCAACAUCACAAAGUACAUCUUACCUUGAAAAGUGCUUCUUAGAACAAGGAUUAAAGAUCAAUACAAAAAAAAGAACAAAAUGUGUUAAUUAAAACCCACCACUUGUACC